UCCGAGUCGAACCUCCCCCCAAACUGCAAAAAUUUCGCUGUAUGCGGAUACCAAGCAGUAUCAUCCACCAAACCAACGGCUAAUCCACUGCCCCUCUUGACCUUGAGUCGCACACACACAACCCACACAUACUAGAGACUGCUCCUGCGCAUGUCUCUUUCGGCCCUCGUCAACAUACCUGAUCCGACCUCGUUCGCCCGCCCGCCGCAUAAUCACUAAAUCAACCUCGUCAACCAGACCCCCCGCACCACCGUCACCAUGGCUACCGUCAACAUUCGCCGCGAUGUCACCGACCCCUUCUACCGCUACAAGAUGGAGCGCAUCCAGUCCAAGAUCGAAGGCAAGGGCAACGGCAUCAAGACCGUCAUUGUCAACCUGAGCAGCGUGGCUCAGUCUCUCGCCCGCCCCCCUGCUCACGUCAUCAAGUACUUUGGUUUCGAACUCGGAGCUCAGACCAACACGAGCCCCAACGAUGACCGUUGGAUCAUCAACGGUGCCCAUGACGCCAGCAAGCUCCAGGACUACCUUGAUGGCUUCAUCUCAAAGUUCGUCCUCUGCAAGAAGUGCAAGAACCCCGAGACCGAUGUCCAUAUCAAGGACGGCAACAUCACGCUUGACUGCAAGGCUUGCGGAAAGAUCUCCGACGUUGACCCCCGCUUGAAGCUUAGCUCCUUCAUCCUGAAGAAUGAACCCAAGAAGGGCAAGAAGGACAAGUCCAGCAAAAAGGCCGAGCGUCGUGCUCGCAAAGAGGCUGAAGCCCGUGGUGAGGCUACCUCGCCCGAUGGCGGCAGCCCCGGUGACAGCGCCGAUGACAACGGCGACGAUGGCGACCUGGCACUCGAGGCCGGCAGCGAUGACGAGCUUACCCGCCAGAUCAACGAGGGCGCCAAGGAGAUCGAAGAUGAGGAUGCCAAGGAGGUUGAGUGGUCCAUCGACACCUCUGAGGCGGCCAUUAGGGCUCGUGCCCAGGAUCUGCCCGACGACCUCAAGCGUGCUCUUGUCAUUGAGGAUGACGAGGAGGGCGGCUCGAGCUACGACGUCUUCGGCAAGUGGAUCAUCGACACUGGUGCCGAGAAGGGUGGUGUUGAGAACCUUGACAACGUCGACAUCUACAUCAAGGCCAAGGAGCUCGGCAUCGAGGAGAAGCACCGUACUCUCACUGUCAUUCCCCAGACCCUCUUCACUGAGAAGAUUGUCAAGCAGAUGGACGGUCGCGCCCCUAUGCUCAAGAAGAUGAUCACUUCGGAUAAGCACGAGAAGGCUUUCCUUGGUGGUAUCGAGCGCUUUGUCGGCAACGACAAGCCUGAGCUCAUUCCUCAGGUCUCUGCUAUCCUGCUCAAGGUGUACGAGAACGAUCUUGUCUCGGAGGAUCAGCUCAAAGCCUGGUGCUCCAAGGCAAGCAAGAAGUAUGUCGACCUCAAGGUCAGCAAGUCUGUCCGCAAAUCGGCCGAGCAGUUCAAGGACUGGCUGGAGAACGAGGAUAGCGAGGAUGAGGACUCUGAAUAGGAUCCCGACUGUAGGGACACGUGGAUGGUAAAAGUACGCGAAAUGUCCGACUGUUGACUGUCUUUACCUUUUGUCUUGCUUGUCUUGUUUACUUUGUCACGGACGACGUGUAGGUAGCUCUACUCACGUCUGUAACACUUGUUUGGGCCAGUCCAGACGAUGGUCUUGUAUCCUUCUCUCCCCUCUAGUUAGCCUAUAAAAAAACCUUGCUUUUGCACCGCCUUGCUUCUGUUACCUGCAUUGCUAUACCUGUGCCCCACUACCGUUCGCCGUUGUUAGUCCCCUUAUACUGGGUGCUUGGGCCCACCACUAUCGUGCAUGUCGGGAAGUUUCUGCAUGCAUUAACGCGGUGAGGGCGUUG